CUCAUUAGGUGGGCUGACAUUUGACAUGCUUUUGUACCGAAUAUCACUCGAGCGGUGGGAUCUCUUGCUUAGAAAAUUGAUUUUACGGUCUGACAAACUAAUAUACACCGCGUGUGGGGGAACACCAUGUCCACUACAGACUUACUUUAUCUCUGUAUGCUAUUAGGAUCUAUUCCAUUCGGCCAUUUGGUCAAAUUAUCAGGUUCUCCUUCACGAAAGCAAUUCCUUUCCACCGUUGCUGGUGUAUGCUUGUCACUCGCGCUUGUCGGAGUUUGGGGAAUUCUUCACUCCUUUUGGACAAUUCUAGGCACGUAUGUGAUAGUUAUUUCUCUUGGUCCAAGGCGAUGUGAGUGGGUAGCUUUCCUGUUUGUGUUCGGCUAUCUUUUUUUCUUCCGCACAUGCAAGUAUUUUGGAUUUGAAAAGCCACCAGAACACAGCAAUGCUAUUCAGCUGUUGGUGACCUUGAGGUGUUGUACACUGCCAUUUGAAAUAUUUGAGUCUGAAGAAGAAACCAGUGAAGGAGAAUCUAAAAAGUCAAAGCGACCAUCCUUUUAUGAGUUCCUUAGUUACUCCUACUGUUAUUGUGGACUCACCACUGGUCCUUACUAUCGCUACAAGACUUUCAAGGACAUGAUUAACCAACAACAUCCUGAGAAGAUUUCCACCGUCAUCCCUGCCAUCAGAAAUCUUCAGACAUUACCCUUCUAUGGUGUGAUAUACCUUAUUUUAAACCAUUACUUUCCAAUCAGUCAUAUUGGGACUCCAGAAUACACCAGUCAUCCUUGGGGGGUGUUGUACCAACUGGCUUAUCUUGUCCCAACCUUUAAUGGGUUUCGCUGGCGCUUUUACAUAGGCUGGCUCCUUGCUGAAAGUUGCUGUAUGACUCUUGGUUUGGGAGCAUAUCCAUUUGAAACAGAACCAAAGCCUGGGUUAGGGCCUACCAAAGCAGUUCCAGAACAGAGUGAACCUAAUACAGAAAAAAAUGGAACCAUUAAUCAGACCACUCCUGAGCAAAACAAAGAAUGUAAUCAAGACACACACAGCUUUGAGACAAUCCACAACAUAAACAUUUUUGAGGUGGAGUUUUCACCUACUAUGGGAAAUACAAUGAAGAAUUGGAACAUGACUGUUCAAUGGUGGAUUGCAACUUACAUACACAGGAAAACUCCUUUUAAAAACAAAAAUUUAAGAAUGUUCACCACUCUUCUUGUCAGUGCCUUCUGGCAUGGUGUGGCCCCAGGUUAUUACCUGACCUUUUUGUGUGUUCCACUGACAGUUAUUGCUGAAGUUCAAAUGUCUAAAGCUAUCAAGCCGUACCUGUCGCCAGAGCUUUGCUACUGGUAUGAUUGGCUGAGUUGGUUUUUUCAUUACCGUAGCAUGGAGUAUCUUGGCUGUGGAUUUAUGUUGAUUCAACUUGCUCCAUGCCUGGAAGCAUGGAAGAGCAUGUACUUUGUUGGACACAUUGUGAUGGCGGCAUUUAUUGUUAUUCCUUUUUUUAUUCCAAAAAAGCAUACUAUUGACCAAGAGGCCAAGAAGAAAUCAUCUUAAACUAUGUUGUAUAGUUUUUGAUAAAGUAUUGAUUACUUUAGUUAUAAUAUAAUAGUGGAAAUACAUUAUUUAGGAAGCUGUUUAGCUAUUUAAAUAAGUUUUGUAUUUACAUUAUUGCUACUAUGGGCAUGUAUUUAGACUAUCAUAUAUACUGUGUUUUUGAUAACUCUUUUAACCCCGGCAGGCAGCAACUUUUUUAUCUACCAAACAUUUGUUUACAAAUUUGACUUUUUUUGUCACACCAACAUCUAAAUCAAAUUAUUUUGUGAAAAAAGGUACAAAUGUAGACUAACUUAUCUGUAUUUAAAAAGUGAUGGGAAUAUGAUGAGGAGGAGGAGGGGAGGCAAAUACUCUUCAAAUGAUUGACGAAUUGCAGAUAUGAACUAACUUAGUCUGCUAGUUAGCUAGAUAGUGUGUUGAUAAUUCAUAUACAUAUUGUGCACAUUUAAAUUUAUAAUCAGUAUUUUUGGCAACAUUUUGUCUCCAUCUCUCAGUACAACACCAUUUAGUAAUAUAUUGAUAAAUAAAUCAUGUGAUCAAUUUCAAGAAAGUCUCAGAAUACAAGUAUUAAAUACCAUCAUAAUCCUA